ACCGCAACCAACGAAAUUACCCGACUUGCAAUUGGCAUACGAGGAAAGUCAAUUCAGCAUGGCUACGAAGACUUGUUUGUUGUUAAAGACGAGAUCGACGCCGAGUGAUCCCUAUGAUGCCGCAUUCAACCAGGCAGGACUACCACCAAUCUUUGUGCCGGUGUUGGAGCAUGCAGAAGUGAAUAAGGAGGAAUUGGAGAAGACACUGAGUGGGAGACCGCAUCAAACAUACAGCGGCCUGAUCCUUACCAGUCAAAGAGCUGUGGAGGCGGUAGGUCGGGUUCUGGAGAAGCUGAAUGAGGAACAAAAAACAAACCUACUAUCAAUGUCCGUUUUUACCGUUGGCCCCGCAACCCACAAAGCUAUCGCAAACCUCCGCUUCACCUCCAUCCUUGGAUCGGAAUCCGGAAAUGGAUCAGUAUUGGCUGACUACAUCCUCUCCAUCCGCUCCAAAUCCGAACACCGUCCCUUACUCUUCCUUGUUGGUGAUCAACGACGGGAUAUCAUCAUCAGGAAGCUACAAAGCGGGCAACCCUCUGCGCCGGUCGUGGAACAACUCGUCUACGUCACCCGAACCAUGUCAACAUUCCCCUCUCUCUUUGCCUCUGCUGUCGCAGAAGCAGAAAGCCGCGACAAUGACACCGGCUCAGUCGCAUGGAUCAUCUUCUUCUCCCCAGCAGGCGCAGAAGUUGCAUUGAAGGAGUUACAGAAGGAGCAAGAAGCUGGGCGGCGCAGACCCCGGAUUGCGACGAUUGGACCUACGACGGAGGAGUAUCUGGUCAAGGAGUGGAAGAUGCAGCCAGAGGUCGUUGCGAAGAAGCCGACCGCUGAGUCUUUGGUGGAGGGGAUUUUGACGUGGGAGCAGGAGCAUGCACAGCUGUGAUGGAAGGGAUUACGGUACAGCGAGAUAUACGCAUCACGAGUCAGGGAAGAGUGUACGAUAACAGCAAUGACGGAGGUCGUACGAUAACGAUGGUCAUGGAGGGGGGUCAGUCCACCCCAUCGAUAUCCGGAUAAUGGAUCCGGAUCGACGCGAAUACCUCGAGUUCACAGGAGAGGGAGGCAUACCUGCCCAAUAGAAAGGGCA